AUGUUCAUUAUCUAUCUAUCUAUCUAUCUAUCUAUCUAUCUAUCUAUCUAUCUAUGUCAGUCUAUUCAUUAUCUAUGUGUCUCAGUCUGUUCAUAUCUAUCUAUAUACCUAUCUAUUUAUGUCUGUUUAUAUCUAUCUAUCUAUCUAUCUAUCUAUCUCAGUCUGUUCUUAUAUAUCUCAUCUGUUUAUUAUCUAUCUAUUUAUCUCAGUCUUUUCAUUAUCUAUCUCAGUUUGUUUUAUCUAUCUAUCUAUCUAUCUAUCUAUCUAUCUAAGCCUAUUCUUAUCUAUCUGUCUAUCUAUCAGUGUUUAUAUUAUCUACCUAUCACAGUCAAUUUAUUAUCUAUGACAAUUUGUUUAUCUAUCUAUCUCAUUUUAUUCCUAUCUAUUUCAAUCUAUCUAUCUAUCUAUCUAUCUAUCUAUCUAUCUAUCUAUCUAUCUCAGUCUGUUUUAUCUAUCUAUCUAUCUAUCUAUCUAUCUAUCUAUCUCAAUCUCUUCCUUAUCUAUCUAUCUAUCUAUCUAUCUCAAUCUCUUCCUUAUCUAUCUCAAUCUCUUCCUUAUCUAUCUAUAUAUGAAUCUCAAUCUAUUCCUUAUCUAUCUAUCUAUCUAUCUAUCUAUCUAUCUAUCUCAAUCUCUUCCUUAUCUAUCUAUCUACCUAUCUAUCUAUCUCAAUCUAUUCCUUAUCUAUCUAUCUAUCUAUCUAUCUAUCUAUCUAUCUAUCUCAGUCUCUUCAUUAUCUAUCUAUCUAUCUAUCUAUCUAUCUAUCUAUCUAUCUAUCUAUCUAUCUAUCUCAAUCUAUUCCUUAUCUAUCUAUCUAUCUAUCUAUCUAUCUAUCUCAAUCUCUUCCUUAUCUAUCUAUCUACCUAUCUAUCUAUCUCAAUCUAUUCCUUAUCUAUCUAUCUAUCUAUCUAUCUAUCUAUCUAUCUAUCUAUCUCAGUCUCUUCAUUAUCUAUCUCAGUUUGUUUUAUCUAUCUACCUGUCUAUAUAAUCCUAUUCUUAUCUAUCUAUCUCUCUCUCUGUCUGUCUAUCUAUCUACCUAUCACAGUCAAUUUAUUAUAUAUCUAUGACAAUUUGUUUAUCUAUCUCUCUCUCUGUCUGUCUAUCUAUCUAUCUAUCACAGUCUGUCCAUUAUCUGUCUCAAUCUAUUCAUAUCUAUCUAUCUCUUCAUUCAGCUGCCCAUAUCAAUACCAACACAGAUUUCUCUCUUUCUUUCUUUUUUCAAAUUGGGCUAAGCGUACUAUUCAGUUGCCCUUUUUAACGAUAUUUCUUUGUUUUCAUCAACCUCAGACUGUUCAUACCUAUCUAUCUAUCUAUAAUCUAUCUAUCUCCGUCUUUUCAUUUCCUCCUCACCCUCUCUCUCUCUCUCUCUCUCUCUCUCUCUCUCUCUCUCUACCUUUCUAUGUCUAUUCAUAUCUAUUUCAGCGUGUUCUUAUCUACCUAUCUACAUCUCCGUCUUUACAUAUUCUCCUCUCUAUCUCACUAUCUCUCUAUCUCUCUCUGCCUUUCUACAAAGAAAACGUAAAAGAAACCGUAUCUGUCUGUCUGUCUAUCUAUCUAUCUAUCUAUCUAUCUAUCUAUCUAUCUAUCUAUUUCAAUCUCUUCAUAUCUAACAUUCUGCUCAUAUCUAUUUAUAUAUGUAUCUAUCUAUCUAUCUCAGUCUAUUCAUAUCUAUCUAUGUAUUAG